CUCCAUCGAUGUCCAAAAGCCAAGGUUGUCACUAAUCAUGAUCUCAUAUAUAUAACAAAAAGAGAAAAGAUGGUUUUCAACCUAUGGCUUUUUCUCCUUUGCCUUCAUUUUUUUGUUUGCUGCAACCAAUUUCAUGUUCAAUUGGGUUGACCUCUUGUACAGAGUAAAUUCAUAAUAUAUUAAGCAAGUAUUCUCAACAAGUGUAGUCAGCUAUUAAUACUCAACAACAACAGGUUGUAGAAUUCUAAAGCUAACCUCUCGCAUUUUGAUUCAUGGUGGCUGUGAGUGGUUUGGCAUAAUGGCGAAAUGGAUUUUCUUCCCCAUCAUCUUCUUUGUUGUAUUUGUUGCAAGCACCUUCCUCCUGGAAAUUAACCUUUCCAGAAUAACAAGAACUACAAUUUUCAAGACAAUUAUAAUAUUCAAUAAGCAACAACCUCAAUUCCCACUUAACUGCACGGAUGGAAACUUAGCAAAAACUUGUUCAUCAUACUAUCCAACAACAUUCGAUCUUGAUGAUGAUUCAUCAACUACAUCAUGUCCAAAUUACUUCAAAUGGAUCCAUGAAGAUCUAAAACCAUGGAAGAGUAAAGGAAUCACAAGAGACAUGGUUGAAAGAGGCAAAAACGUUUCCCAUUUUAGGCUUGUAAUUGUAAAUGGAAAAGCUUAUGUUGAAAAGUAUGACAAAGUGUAUCAGACAAGAGAUGUGUUCACAAUAUGGGGAAUUUUACAACUUCUAAGGUUAUACCCGGGAAAGAUACCAGAUUUGGAUCUAAUGUUUCAAUGUGGAGACAAGCCUGUUGUGUUAAAAAAAGAUUUUCAAGGACCACAAGCCAUGUCACCACCCCCCGUGUUCCAUUAUUGUGGAGAUGAAAAUGCACAUGACAUUGUAUUCCCUGAUUGGUCCUUCUGGGGUUGGCCUGAGAUCAACAUAGGACCAUGGGAAACAACAUUACAUAAGAUAUUGGAAGGCAACAAGAUGAUCAAAUGGAAGGAUAGGACACCCUAUGCUUUUUGGAAGGGCAACUUGGCAAUGGCUGAUAUUAGGAGAGAACUUGGCAAGUGCAACCCCACAAAAGAACAUGAUUGGAAUGCAAGAAUACAUAACAUACAAUGGAACAAGGAGGAAGCAAAUAAUUUUGAGAGCUCAAAACUAGAAAACCAAUGCAACUUUAGAUAUAAGAUCUACGUAGAAGGAGCCGCGUGGUCUGUGAGUGAAAAAUACAUAAUAGGAUGUGACUCAAUGACCUUGUUCAUAGAGCCUACAUAUUAUGAGUUUUUUACAAGAAGCAUGGUACCUUUGCAACACUAUUGGCCUAUCAGUCCCAAAAAUAUGUGUGAAGACAUUAAGUAUGCUGUGGAUUGGGGAAAUGCUCACCUUGAUAAUGCACAAGUAAUUGGCAAUGGAGGAACUAGUUUCAUUGUAGAGAAUUUAAAGACGAAGUUUGUGUAUGAUUACAUGUUUUAUCUAUUGAAUGAGUACGCAAAACUCUUGAAAUUCAAACCAACCAUACCAACAGGAGCGGUUGAGAUUUGUUCUGAAAGUAUGGCAUGUUCUGUGCAUGGUCUAGAGAAACGUUUUAUGGUUGAGUCCAUGGUGACCUCACCAAGUGAUACUCCUCCAUGUACCAUGCCUCCUCCUUAUACACCUGAAACUCUAAAAGAGUUUUUACAAGAAAAGGAAAAUAUAAUCAAACAAGUGAAGACAAAAGAGGUCAAUACAAAGAUGUAAAGGCUAGUGUUGAUUGUGUUGUAGUCUAUAUGUAGAUGUAGUUCUUAUGCACGCACAACACUCUUCAUGCAUGCCAUAUUAGCAAUUAACUGUUGGUAACAAAUUCAACCUAUCAAAAUGUGAUUGAAUAUUCUUGAUUGGA